UUUUUAUUUAAGGAAAGCUAACAAAUUCUUUUAAGUCAAAUUUUUUUCAUUUAAAUCUAACGUUCAUAGCAUAUUCUUGAGAAUAAAAUUAUUCGAUUAAUAUUCAGGCAUGGCCACUACUGUUAACAAAAUUGCUCGUGGAAAUUUAAAUUUUAAACCAUGGAUUGCAGCCAAAAAUACAACUGAAAUUGUUAACAGUUAUGUACAGCAGUUGUAUAGAAAAAGUCCGGACAAUUUUAAAAAUGAUUUAUAUAAACCCCGAGUUGUGGCAGGAAAAUCAGAAAAUCGAGUUCCUUUUCAAAAAGUUAUACUUGAAAAAAUUAACAUACCCAUUAUAUCUAAUAAACCCAGUUCAAAACUUCGUUCUAAUGGCUAUCGUUCACCAGCUAUUACAAGAAAAAAUAGUUUUGUCAAUUCAACUAAGAAGCUUCUCAAAACCCCAAAUUUCAAAAUCUACCCUAAGCGCAGAUACGCUUCCAGUGUUUCCAGUUCGAAGUCAAAUGAUAUUCGGAAUAAAUUAAAUAUCCAAGAAGAAUACCGACGGAAGAUUUACAAGCCCGUCCAGAGCUCUCAGAGGAUAAGAGAAAUUGAAUCCUUGAUCCCAAAAACAAAUUACUAUGGACAAUAUGCUAAGAAAAUUGAUGAUUCGCCAACAAUUUGUACAGAUUUGAUGUCAGUCGACGAUGUAUUAAAGAAAAAAAUUUGUCCAAUAAAAAAAAAAGUUCCUAGUGGGGAACUUGAAACGCCAAAAGAAGAUUCAUGGAAUUUGUCUUUCAAGGGAUGGAAUAAUCCUUCAAUUGAACAUUAUAACAAACUUAUGACCAUACCCAUUAUAAGAAAGCCUGAGAAUGGCAAAAAUGAAAACUAUGUGUCAGGACUUUCACCCUUCCGUCUAUUGCCUAUUAAGGCAAAAAUACCUAAUUUUGGAAUACCUCCGAAAAAACAAAACCCAAGAUUACAAUCACCAGGUUCGAGCUACUCCAAACGAUUUAAUUUGAACCCAGCUGUAACUUCAACAAAAACUAGACGAACUGAAAAGGAUCAAUGUUUAGAUUUUGACAAUCUUGGAGGAGUAAGUUCAAGAUUCAAUAAUUUAAAGAUUGCUUCUAAAGGAAAAUCAGAACAAAAAUAUCAAAAAUCUAGUGAUCUUAAAAAUGAUUUGGAUUUUGUGUGUCUUAGCCGUGCUGAGCAAAGUAUACGUCAAAGGAAUCAAAGGGGAUUUCUAGGAAAUUUUAGACUUUGAAAAUUCAAUUUAAAUAAUUAAUUUGCUGUAGUUAAAAAAAUGGUACAUCAGCGGGAACAUUUAUGUACAUACAAAUAAUGUUUAUACAUUUAAAUAGUAUUAUUGUUAUGGUACGGUAAAAUUAAAUAUUUUGAUUUUUUGUAUUUUUUGAUUGAUGUAUUUAAAUAAAAAAAUAAUAAAUUUGGUGGCGCAACAGUUUCAGAUUUAGGAUCUAA